CCUCCUCUGUUCCUCCUGCAUCUCUACCUUCUCUCCCUCAGCUCCCUCUCCAUCAGCCAGUUAUUCUCCUGCGCACAGCUGAAGCUCAGCAUCCAAACAGCCGCCUCCUCCUCCUCCUCGUCUCCACCUCCCUCUCACUUACACCUCUCAGUUGCUUCUGAGUCCUUCCAGCACCAACAGCAGCUCUGAGGAAAGAGGAGAAAGUCACGGAAAAAGCCGAUCAGGAUGUAUCAGAGGAGGCGUGCGUCCUCGCUGCUUCUCUGCUGUUUCCUGCUCCUUGGCAGCUUCAGCCAAGCCGUCCCCUCGUAUUUCCAGCUGGCACCGGACACCCCGGCUCCGGCGGAGCCCACUCCGACCCGGGCCACACCUCUCCCGGACCCCUGCGAAGGCCGACCCUGCCUUAACGGAGGACUCUGCCUGGCUCUCCCCUCUGCCGGCAGACCAGAGGAGAACUGGGAGUACAUGUGCACCUGCAGCCAGGGCUUCACAGGACGCAACUGUGAGUUCUUCACAGACCCCUGUGCCAGCAGUCCCUGUCUCCAUGGAAACUGCAGCCGCAGCGAUGGGGGCGAGGAGGAGGAGCCGUCCUACACCUGUGAGUGCUCUGAGGGCUACGAAGGAGAGCGGUGCGAUCAGAUCCUGCUGGACCUGCCUCCGGCCGACUGGGAUCCAGCCACGCCCUCGGCUCCUGAACUGGUGACCCCUGCCGCCUCCACAACCAUGGCUGCCACUCAGCCACAGCCACCAAGCACGGUCCCUACCACCACCACCACCACCACAGAGGCACCUCCCACCCUGCCGUCAUGGCAACCAAAACCUGGGCAGAGGCUGCUGGUCGUUCCAUGGGAGGCGGACAGAGUGACGGAGGGCCUCCACUGUUUGAGCCCUGAGCUUUGUGAGCUGACAUCAGGAACUCUGACGCUCUCCGUGGAGGUGCCUGAAGAGAGCGCUGUGAAGGUUAUAGUGAAUGCCAGUGGAGCCCCAGUGCUUUGGCGAGUGAGUGAAGACGGCUUCCUGUGCUCCUCCAUUCUAAACGGCACCACCGCGUGGUUCCUGCAGGCCCCUGAUGGACUGGUGGUGCCAGACAACCUCCUGCCUCUGGGACAGAACUACUUCCUAAGUUUAAUCCGUGUGGGGGCUCCCACAGCCCCAGAGGUCACCCUGCGCCUCAACCUGACGGUGAAAGCCAGCAGCUGUGUGGAGCCUGGCAGCAGCUUCAGUGACCCUCAGUGCUCUGGAAAAGGCAAAUGCAUCACGCAACCCUCUGAGAGCACCUUCUUCUGUGAGUGCGAGGACGGCUACACAGGAAUCUUUUGUGAGGAGUUUGAUGCCUGCCACCGUCGACCUUGUCGCAACAAUGGCUCUUGCACAGAUGUCCGACAAGGAGGUGAAGGAUUCAACUUCACCUGCACCUGCCAGCCAGGAUAUGAAGGGGAGCGCUGCCAGCGGCAGGUUGACCACUGCCUCUCCCAGCCCUGCAGGAAUGGAGCCACCUGUUUCAGCAGCCUGGCUGGGCCUAGGUGCUACUGUCCCGAAGGUUAUCAAGGCACCGCCUGUAAGCAGAAGGUGGACCCGUGUGCCUCCAGUCCCUGCCAUAACAAUGGCACCUGCUACGCCCAGGGCCCCAGCCCCCUGGGGUUUGGCUGUAGCUGCACAACGGGCUUCACGGGCCCCACAUGUGGUCAGCUGGUCAACUUCUGCGCCCUGAACCCCUGCGCCCACGGGGUGUGCCGCAGCGUGGGCAACAGCUACAGGUGCCUCUGUGUUCCAGGCUACCAUGGCUUGUACUGUGAAGAGGAGUACAACGAGUGUCUGUCUGCUCCCUGCCAGAACUACGCCACCUGCAGGGACCUCAUCAAUUCCUACGAGUGCGUCUGCACGCCGCAGUUUGAAGGCAAACAUUGUGAAAUCUACAAGGAUCCGUGUCUGAAGGUUCACUGCGAGAAUGGAGGUCGCUGUGAGAGUUCUGCUUUCAACACCUCCUGCGUCUGCGCUGCUGGAUACCUGGGAGAAAAAUGUGAAAUUGACAUCAACGAAUGUGAGAGCAACCCUUGUCGUCACGGAGGCACCUGCAUCGACCAAUCAAAUGGCUUCACCUGCCACUGUCCACCUGGCUGGGUUGGACCCAGCUGUGAGAUCCACCUGCAGUGGAAGCCGGCACACGCCGAGGACACGCUGACCAACAUGCCCCGUCACUCCCUCUACAUCAUCAUCGGUGCUCUGUGUGUGGCCUUCGUUCUCAUGCUCAUCAUCCUCAUCGUGGGCAUCUGCCGCAUCAGCCGCAUCGAGUACCAGGGCUCCUCCCGCCACGCCUACCAGGAGUUCUACAACUGCAGGAGCAUUGACAGCGAGUUCAGCAACGCCAUAGCCUCCAUCCGCCAUGCCAGGUUUGGGAAGAAGUCUCGGCCCGCCAUGUACGACGCCACUCCCAUCGCCUACGAGGACUACAGUCCCGAUGACAAGCCUCUGGUUACUCUGAUCAAAACCAAGGAUUUGUAAAACCCUCUUCCCACACUCAUCAUGUGCAACCAGCUUUUGCAGAUACACACAAAGACCCACACGUGCACAGAGCCAAUCAAAAAACAGUUGUCCUCCACACACACGUGAAGAAAUAAACAUAAUUGAAUGUAAGGAGGAAGUAAAUGCUGUAGUUUCUCAAAUUUGAUUCCUUUAUUUUCUCAACAAUAAUGAGGCUUCGUUGUAGCAUCAGAGCAAACCUACUUAAGUUAUAGCUUAUGAGCUGAUAGAGCAUCUGCUGGAGAGCCUGAUGGAGAACACACUGACAGGCGUUCUUAGGGGACCUCUAGAUCAGUGGUCCCCAAUCUCUGGGCUGGACAGUCGGUACCGGGUCCCAGAGAGAAAAAAAACAUGUCCUACAUUUUUUCAGUUUCAUUUGUAAUCUGAUUCAAGACAGAGGAAGUUUUAUUUUGGAAAACCACUGGAUUCUCCAGUAAAUCCGACUCAUUGUUGACGCAUGUCAAGUACCUCUGUCACAAGUUGAAAAUCCGUUUGUUACUUUCUUAAAGCGGCUGCUCCGGCCACUAAAUUGAAACCACCAAACUGGUAAAGGAAAUAAAAGACAGACAUAUUUGGAAAAUUUUAUUGCAACAGUUGUUCCCACACACCAUAAAAAUAUUGCAUAAUAUUUAGCACCGGCUGUCUAAUGUUAAGAGGAUGCUGCUAAUAAAGUUCCUCAAACGGUGGAUUCACCUUUAUUAUUAUAUUUAGAAAAUACCAGUUUUAGGACUUGUUUUCUUUUUCUUGUAUUUAUUUGUUGUACCUUAAAAGUCAGGCGAGGCUGAAGUUGGUGCUGAUUUUGUCAAGAGUCCCUAGCUGCAAACAAGAUGACAGUGGAUCUCCAUCCGAACACAGGGCGCUAUCAAAAAAAGAAAAAAACGGAUGCAAAAUUGUACUGAAAAAAGUUUAAGAAUAGUUAGAUUGCGAAAGGUGAACCACGAUAUAGCAAGGGACCACUGUUUUAUAGGUCCAACGAAGAUUUUUAAUAGAUUUAAAAAAAAACAGUUGUUACUCACAGAACUUGUGCUUGAAAUGUCAUCUGGUGCAAAGUGAGAGGUUUGUCAGCAAUGUUGUAUUCAACUUCUAAACUAUUGUGACACUUUUUCUCUUAUUUUCUUCCUUUCCACCAUCUCUCGUCUUUGGGUAAACAUUCUCUACAACCACCGGCCACUUUACUAGGCACACCUGUUUAACUGCUUGUUACGGAAAUUUCUAAUUAGGCAAUCACAUGAAAGCAGCUCAGUGCAUUUACAUAUUCAAGUCGAUGUGCUGCUGUUCAAACCGAGCAUCAGAAGGGAAAACAAAUACGCUUUAAGUAACUUUGAACAUGGCAUGGUUGUUGGUGUCAGACGGGCUGGUCUGAGUAUACAGAGAAGUUUACAGUUUACAGAGAAUGGUCCAAAGAAGAGAAAAUACCCAGUGAGCGGCAGUUCUGUGUGCGGAAAUGCCUUGUUAAUGCCAGAGGUCAGAGGAGAAUGGUCAGACUGGUUCCAGCUGAUAGAAAGGCAACAGUAACUAAAAACCCACUGGUAACGAUUGAGGUCUGCAGAAGAGCAUCUCUGAUCACAAAACAUAUCCAACCUUGAGGUAGAUGGGCUACAGCAACAGAAGACCACACUGGGUGCCACUAUUGUCAGCUAAAAACAGGAAACUGAGGCCACAAUUCACCAAAACUGGACAAUAGAAGAUUUGAAAAACCUUGUCUGGUCUGAUGAGUCUCCAUUUCUGCUGCCACAUUUGGAUGGUAGGGUCAGAAUUUGACGUCAGCAACAUGAAAGCAUGGAUCCAUCCUGCCUUGUAUCCUCGAUUCAGGCUGGUGGGUGUGCCUUAGUACCGAUUGAGCAUGGUUCCAACACCACUGCCUACCUGAGUAUUGUUGCUGACCAUGUCCAUCCCUUUAUGACCACAGUGUACCCAUCUUCUAAUGGCUACUUCCAGCAGGAUAAGCCACCAUCUCAUAAAGCUGGAAUCAUCUCAGACUGGUUUCUUGGACAUGACAAUGAGUUUCCUGGACUCAAAUGACCUCCACAGUCACCAGAUCUCACCCCAAUAGAUCACCUGUAGUGGAACAGGAGAUUGGCAUCAUGGAUGUGCAUCUGAAAAAUCUGCAGCUUCUUUGUGAUGCUAUCAUGUCAACAUGGACCAAACUCUAAGCCCCGUACUAGCAGAUUGGACCUAAGAAAGUGGCCUUCAAUUUUAUGUAUACAAAUACUUUUUUCCCUGUGCCACAAAGAAGAACAACUUCUGUUUCCGGCAUGGAGUGGAGCUCCAUCCGCCAUCUUGUCUGCAGCUGGGUGCAUCUUGAUUCUUCAGCUUCCACUUUCAAAGUUACGGGUUAAGAGAAAAUCUAUAUCACAUUUGAAUGGUUCCUACACUAAAUCGAGUGCACAAGAAAAGUUUAAAGCAACUGCAGAUAUUUUACAGAGGAUGAAGAUAAACUUUAUCCUCAAAGGUUAGGGAACGUGGAGGCUAUAAAAAACAAAUAACUAAAAUCUGAUGCCCACUUCAGCCUCGUACCGGCCGAUCUGUAAGAACAUCGACUGACAUCAAACCGGUCUGUGGCCUGAAAAAGAUUGGAGACCACUGUUGUAGACAUAGAUUCAUCUCACACAGUGCAUUCACGUUAUCCUUUUUCUAUAUAUUCAAACAGUAUUUCUGCAGUAGAUUGCCUUACUUUGUGCAUGGUUAGAUUUGAUGUUAGCUCUGUAAUAUUUUAACAAAUCAUUAGCCGUUUUUUUUCCAUUAUACAUGUAUAAUUCUGUCAAGAAUGUGCCAAAUGGUGUGUUUUUUUUCUUUGUGGUUAGUAGGCAGGAAACGAAUAAAAUACUAGUCACAGGUUUAUUUUUAUUUUUGAAUCGCCACUGUAUUGUCCUAUUCUGUACAUAUUCUCACUGGUGUGUUUAGUAAAGAGCGUGGGUUUGCUGGAGUACUGUAUCCUUACUAACCAACUGUAUGUAAUUCAGUGAAACUUAGGAAAAUAUGCUCCUUACUGCACAGAUUUAGCGAGUCAGUUCACCUUGUCGCUCCGUAGAUCCUGGGUUCACGCUUCUCUGGGAGUGCUGCCUCUUUGUCCGCUGACCUCAAGAAAACCGAGGGAGGAGAAAAAACCUGAACAUGCCCUGUGUGUUUUUGUGUUCUGCCAGUGGAGAACUUCCCGUCCGUGCAGCUGUGUUAUUCCACUCAAACUUCAAGUGUUUGCACAUUAGAUUCUGCUGAUUUGGUCCUUUUCUUUCUUUGACUUUUAAACAUAACAACACUACAGUUACCUAUUAUCCGCUAUUAUCUAUGUUGAAAUAUAUAAACAAUAAAGAUUCAAGUGAAACGAA